CGAAACACUCAACACCCUGUCUGAAAUCUUGAUCUCCUUUCAAAACAAGAAAGAAAUCUUGAUUUCCCUUUGCAAAUUUCUUGCAAGACUAUCGGCUCAGGCCUUGGGAAAGCUCAGUAAGCACCAAUGUCUGAAACAAGCACCAAUGACAACCCCAUGCCCUCAAAGGACCAGGAAGAAGCUGUUAUCAAGAAAAAGUAUGGAGGGUUGUUACCAAAGAAAAACCCGUUAAUCUCAAAGGACCAUGACCGGGCUUUUUUUGAUUCUGCUGAUUGGGCACUGGGAAAGCAAGGAUCACAGAAGAGCAAAGGGCCUUUAGAGGCGCUCCGCCCUAAAUUACAGCCAUCACCACAGCAGCAAUCUCGUUCAAGGCGCUCAGCUUAUGCUCCUGCAGGCGAAGGAGAAGGGGACGGUGGCAACGGAAAUCAUAACGGUUCGGAGGAGGAUAACGACGAAAAGGCUGAUUCCAAAGAUGAAGACCAACCACCCAUCUAAGUGACUUGAUGGAUUGAUGGAUCCUAUGAUGCAUAAAAUAUGUAUGUUUCAAAGUGUGGAUCUUGUUGAUGAUCCCAUAAACCAUAUUGUUGUAUCUUCAAGAGUUGUACUACCAUCAGGGAGUAAUAAACUAAGCUACAUUACUUGUUUGCUUGUGUUAUAGAAAGUGAGACUUUGGAUUUCAA